AGGUAGGCUCUCACAAUGGGCUAGAACUCUGCCUUCCUCUGAGUUCUCAUCCACUUUGACUCCUCUCCCUGUCUCAGGGAGGGGAGGAAAGGCUUAGGAUGAGUUGUCGGCGAAAGUUUUCCCCCUAGAUUCUCCAUUUCUUUCUUCUUGGCUGCACUUGAAGCUUCCAAGAGACCCCUUAGGUGGUGGCCACUGGCCUGCAACCUGGUCCCCUCCACCCUUUGUACCAAAUGCUUGUCCUGCCCCCUACUUGGUGCUUGUGUAUUGGGAGAAAUGGCGGUGGUUAUGAGGUUCUUCCGAUGGAUUUGGCGAAAGAUUACUUGCUGGGUUUUCUUCUGGAAACAAAAAGCUAAGUCAACCUUCUUGGAACACCAUGAUUCCCAGAAAAGUGUAUUGAAGGUGGAGAAGACUCCCAAGGUGGUUGAGACUUUCAAGUUGGUUGAGCCCUGCAAAGAGGCUAAGAUUUCCAAGAUGGUGGAGUCCCCCGAGGUGGCUGAUGCCUGCGAGUUGGCCAAAGCAACAGAUAGGGCUAAGGUGGAGCCGGGUCAUAGGGCCCGAUCCCUGCUGCAGCUGCCCCGGACAGCUGUCAGGUCUGUCUCCAUGCUCAUGGUCUCGGCCCUGCAGAGCGGCUGGCAAAUGUGCAGCUGGAAGUCAUCUGUGAGUUCUACCUCCAUUUCCUCCCAAAUGAGUUCUGGGUCCCCGGUGGAUACGUCGGAAGCUGAGAUGCUGCGGGAAGUGUACCUGAUACUGUGGGUCAUUCGGAGACAACUGCGACAGCUGGCCCGCAGGCAGGAGAGGCGGAGGCGGCGCCACAUCCGGGCCCACACUGGCUCCCAGCCUGACACGGCUCAGGGCCUGAAACAGGAUGCCCGGAGUCCCCUUUAGGGGGGAUCCCCACAUCCUCAAAAAGCCCCACCUCAGUCUUAGGUAAGGUUGAUAGGAGAGGUUAGGACAGCAGGCCAGGAGUUGUGUGUGAGAAGUUUUCAUACUGUCACCUCUCUCAUCGGGAGCCUAAGCCCAGGUGUGGGGUCCCACUUAUUCCCCUUCAUUCAAUUUAUUCAAUUUGUAAAAAAAAAAAAAAAAAAAAAAAAAAAAAAAAAAAAAAAAAAAAAAAAAAUUAUCAAAAGUUGGGAAAUAAAUAUCAGAUAUUUCUGAGUAAAUGGAGAGUGUGUUUGUGAAUAGCCAGAAGCAAUGAGGGGAACUCGGAGGGGGCACCUCAGGUCCUGCCCCAAAUAUGCGUGGGAGAAAUUUGUGGGCUUGGGGGAGGGGGCUUUGGGGGGAUCAACACAUCCAGGCCCUAGGCCCAAACCCACCUCCAGGGGCUGAAUUGCCUUUGGCAACCCUGCCAGGCCGGGAGUGCAGCAGCACCCUUUACAGAGACACGCCACCUCGCAUCAGGUCCUGAGCCCAUGCUCUCCCGGGCAAUCUUACAAGAUGGGUGUUUUGCAGAGGUUAAGUGGGUUGUGUAAAGCCGGAGGGCAAAGAUCUGCUGGAAACUGCCGGCUCCAGCGGCCAGCGCACUGACGAGCCCCUCUGGCGCUCGAGGGCUCCGCCGCAGCGAGGUUGGUGGGUCCGAAGACUCCUACCCGGGAGCCGGACACGAGACGGUGGGGAAGGCACGCAGGCCCAGCUGGCCGCGCCCCUGCCGAGAGCGGCGCAAAACUACACCUCCCAGGGUUCCCAGCGGUGCCACGGGCGGGGCGGGGGCGCGGGGACGCAGGGGAGACCUGGGGUGGUGCGGCGGCUGGGCAAAGGCGCCCCAGGGCCGAGAGUCCUGCUUCCCGGCCAAAGCUGCCGCGAAGAGAGUUGAACCCAAGGAAAACAUUCUUGGUUUAAACCUUUGAACCCAGAGACAAAAGUCUCAGCCCUGGACACCAGAUCUUCUUUUCACCCACAUCACUCUCCCUGCUUCACCCUCAUCCGCUGUCAUAUCUGAGCCCUGAGGAAGGAGAGCCAGCCCUCACUUCCCCUACAGGCAUGAAGGCUUUGGCCUCAGUUAUUCUCAGACAUGCAGACAGGGUGUGUGUGUAGCUGCAUGUACACAGAUGUGUGUGCCUGUAUGUACUUGCGGGUAUCUGUAGCUAUAUUUUCACUUGUUUCCAUUUUUCCCUCAGGAGCGGCAAGACUGAGAUUAACUGAAGGAGAAGAUUGUACAUCCCAGGGCUGAAAAUGCUGUCUGCCCCUUGCUGGAGCUGCCUAUCUGUCCCGUGGGGUCAUUCUGGGGUGCUGGGAAUGGCCUAAGGAGAGACAAAGAGAGACAGAGUGUGAGUGGGGGAGGGGCAGAGAGAGAGAGAGGGAGACAGAAUCCAAAGCAGGCUCCAGGCUCUGAGCUGUCAGCACAGAGCCCGACACAGGGCUCCAACUCAUGGACUGAGAAAUCAUGACCUGAACUGAAGUUGGACGCUUAACUGAGCCACCCAGGAACCCCUCUUGUCUUUUUGGUGGCAGACAUUCUGACAGGCUUCACGGAGUGCUGGGGUUGACUUCUAGAGACAAGCAAAACCCUCAGAGGGCAGAUAAUUAGCAGUGCACAAGAGAUACAGCCAACUCAGAAAAACCCAUCCUUCCUAGCUGUGUGACCUUGAGCAACAGGUGCAUCUGCCAUCCUACACCGAAUUUGGCUUUCUACAGGACCAUGGAGGUUUUCAUAGAGCCUGGCCCAAGGGAUCUACUCUCUUCUGAUGGAUAGUGCUCUGUGACAUGACCUGAUGCUGCUCCUCAGUGGGACCUGUACCUGUUAACAAGUACAUGCUUACAUGUGUGUGUGUUGGGGGUCACCUCAUCGGCCAAAGCAUAACUACCCCUUGCAGGUGAGAGUGUCUUGUAAGCAAGAUGAGAUUUUCCUGGUGGGAUUUCUGGGGAGUACAGGACAAAUGGAUGAGCCCUAUGAACCAGGCAUGUUGAUCCUCCAAGCUGAUAUUAUAAGGGCUAUGAAGAGGACUCCCCCCCACCCUCCCAGAACCACACUGGGCACCCUGCAGAUUUGAGGGUGGGCAGAGAAGAUCUGGAGAGGAUGGAUAUGGUCUCAGGAACAUCCAGCUCACUGCAUGGAUGCCUCCAGCGCCAAGUGGGGCAGAGAUGAUGCUGGGAGUGGAGUGAUAGAAGCUGGCCUAGGAUCUAGAGAAGAGGAAGAGAAGGAUAUGGAGGACCAGUCUCUUGGAAGUGGAGGAGGGGAGAGAUAUCUAGGCUGCAUUGGGUAAGGGGAACACCCUGAGCUGGGACCACUGGCCUGAAGGUAGAGAAGGAAGAGGAGAUUUUGAUCAGAUUGGGGAACCCUGGUCUUGGUGCCCAAUGUCCCAGCUUAGCUUCGGGCCAUGGUGGGGCUCUCUUGGAAUGAUGGCUUCCCAUUCCAGGGCUUCUCCUGUUCCUCCAUUUGACCUGUGCCCUGUGUUACCUCAGUUCCUUGCUCACUGGAUGACUCCCAAAGCACAGAGCUUGCUCCUGGCAGGAGAUCUGACCUGCUCCACCGCUCCAGCUCUCACUGCACCCACUUUAUGCUUCUAGGGUUUUCUCUUUUGCCAAGAAGCAGUUGAUCUCCAGCAUCCAUCCUCAGACCUGCCACUUUUAAGUUGCAUCAGGAUACUCGCUGCUUCCUGCGGUGCCUGGUAGGCCUGGCUGGUUGGACACAUCUAUCCAGUCAUCCUGAAUUGCCACUCCUGGCUGGGGGCUGACUGGGGAGGCUGCCAUGGCUGGUGGGGAGGGGAGAUGCUAGAGUCCUGGGGAGAAGUGAGAGGCUUGGGAAGGAGAGAGGAAGGGGCUGGUUGCAGGAGAUGCCAAGGGGAGGGGACCAGCCCCUGGGUGGUGGCAAAAGACUGAACUCUGUGUGUGUGUGUGUGUGUGUGUGUGUGUGUGUGGUGUUUGGGGGAGGGGAUGUACUGCCUGGAACAGAAGCUGCUCAGAGAUCAACUAAUAUAGUACCUCCACCUUUAAUAAUGAGAAGACUAAGGCCUAAAGAGGAAAGAGAUGGUGUUGCUGGAGGGGGUGGGGGUGGGGGGGAGUCCUUUGGCUUCUGGACCCAGGCCCAGUCCUCUCUGGGAUGUGAGUCCCUCCUAUUCCUCUCUCUGUCCCUAAGCAUGGACUAUGGACCUGGGGCAGCAGAUGUGAUAUCUGUGCCCACAGGCACAUCUUUGGCGACAGCAGUGUGGAAGGCCUCUUUCUCUGCCAAGUUCACUUCCUGCUGGACUACCUGGUUCCUGCUUGUGGCCCCUCCAUCCCUCUAGCCUAGAACCAACCCAAUUCCAGAUCUUUGCUCAGCUCAUUGGUGCCAGAGCAACACGCCUUUCUUCAGCCUAGGAUGCAGAUAGGAAAUGUGCUGGGCAUUUGGGGGUUUUCUUGGGUUAAGGACUGACACAGUGCAUGGCAGAGAGGAGCUUGUCAGGGGUAGGGUGGGGGCUGGGUCCUAAUUCCUAGGGCUCUGCUAGCAGCCCAGGUUUUGGUCUCCUAAAACUCAGUAUCUAAGGCCUCAGUUUCUUGAGCACGCUUCCUGGUUGCCAUGGUUGCCUGAUGCUUUGGACAUGAUCAGUGACCAGCUGUGUGGCCACUCCCUGGACCUUGAGAUGUUGGAGGCCAUUGGAUGGGCAUUGCUGGACAGAGACCCUCACCAUUAACUUCUUCACACAAGACUUCCCCUAAUGGCCCCUCCCUCUGUGCUGAUAUGGCCCCCAUCCCUUUCCCUACAUGGAGGGACCCCAGUGAGUCAUUCCUCUAUAAUGCCAACACCAGGCUUCCCUUCCCAGUGCCUCCAAUACACCACCUGUCUGUCUCCCGCGUCCCACUCUUCCUUCUCCUGUCUUUACCUGUUUCCCUUGGUAACUCUCUGGAGCCUGGGGAAGCCUUCUCAGGACAAGAUGGUCCUUCAUGACCAGAUCCUUCUCACCAAGGGGACUCCAAUCUCAGCCCCCCAAGGGAUGGGGAUGCUGCCAAGGUGAGAGUGUGGGUGAGAUCCUGGGGAACACGGUGACCCAAGCCCCAGGUGCUGCCCAGACUUUUCCCCCAACUGUAUUAGUUUUCUGGGACUGCCAUAACAAGUUACCACACACUCAAUGCCUUAAAACAACAUAAAUUCAUUCUCUCAUGAUUCUGGAGGUCAGAAGUCUGAAAUUAGUUUCCCUGAGCCAAAAUCAAGGUGCAAGGAGAGCUGUGCUCCCUCCAGAGGCUCCGGAGGAGAAUCCAUUCUUUGCUUUCGUCCAGCCUCUGGUGGCCACUCUGAUCUCUCUCACAUUGUCUCCUCUUUGCUGCCUCCCUCUUUUAAGGAGACUUGGGAUUGGGCCUCAUGUCUCUGGGAGGUCAUUAUUCAGCCUCCUACACCACCCUUCACCCAAAUGCACACACUCACAGUUGUUGAUCGCUUGGUCUAGGAGCUGUGGAAAUCAGCCAGGAAAGGAGUUGAGAAGUAGGAGAGGGCCCAGGACUAGCCCUAGGCCAAAGGCUUAGUAGCUUCUGGGUGGGCCUACCUGGGAGUGGGAGGGGGGAGCAGCAAAGUCUGGGGGGAACUGCCACAUUUCUCCCCAAGUUGUACAUCCCAAAUAGUAUUUGCCCAAAGACCUCUUUCAUGCCACCUGCCCCACUUGCAGGUUGGGAAGCACUAGGGGUUAUGGGUAAGAGCCUGGGUAGUCAGGCCCUGGGGCCAAGGUAGGCUGAGGCAUCACCAUUUACCAGUUGUGGUUCUCAAAAUGUGGGCUAGGGCCAGCAGCAUUAACAUCAUCUGGGAGUUUAUUAGAAAUGCAAUUUCUUGGGGGGAGCGCCUGGGUGGCUCAGUUGGUUAAGCGUCCAACUUCGGCUCAGGUCAUGAUCUCAUGGUUUGUGGGUUUGAGCCUCGUGUCAGGCUCUGUGCUGACAGCUCAGAGCCUGGAGCCUGCUUCAGAUUCUGUGUCUCCCUCUCUCUCUGCCCCUUCUUGGCUCAUGCUCUGUCUCUCUCUCUCUCUCUCUCAAAAAUAUAUAAACAUUUAAAAAAAUAAUAAAAUAAAAAUUUUUUAAGUUCAAUUUCUUGGGCCAUACUACAGACCUACUGGAUCAGAAACUCUUUGCUGGAGCCUGGCAUUCUGUGUUUUAACAUGCCAUCCAGGAGAUUUUGAUGCAUUUUUAAAAAUGUUUAUUUAUUU